AUGUUUGGUGCUAGCAGCAAUACCGGAGGAGGCUUAUUCGGCACGUCAAACACAAGUAAUAAUGCCUCGGGAGGCGGAUUAUUUGGAAACAAGCCAGCUGCACCAACCAACACAGGGUUGGGAUUUGGUCAAUCAAACACCGCUGGCCAAGCAAAUUCAACAGGAGGCGGCUUAUUCGGCCAAUCGCAAAAUAAUAGUACCAAUGCACCAUCAGGGGGAUUGUUUGGAUCUAAUCAACAGAAACCAGUCAGUGGAGGCUUAUUUGGCGCCAGUCAAACGACAAACUCUACAAACACUGGUGGAUUUGGAGCCAGCAAUAGUGGAUCUGGUGCUGGAUCGAUGUUUGGAAAGCCGGCUGGAACUCUGACAACUGGCGGUGGUUUGUUUGGCAGUAACCAGCAGCAGGGAACAAGUGCUGGAGGUCUAUUCGGUGGGAAUCAACUGAAUACGGUACCAUCAGGAGGAGGGUUAUUUGGUAAUAACCAGCAAAGCAACACAGGCACUUCGGGUGGAUUGUUUGGCAACAAGCAACAAAAUACUGGGACUGGAGGAGGGUUGUUUGGAGGUAAUCAACAACUGAGUGGUACCAACACUGGUGGCUUAUUUGGAGGUAACCAACAAUCGACGGCAUCAGGUGGUCUUUUUGGCAACAAGCCUAGUGCACCAUCCGGCGGAGGCCUUUUUGGAUCCAGCAACAACAACACACAGAUGGGAGGAGGACUAUUCGGAAGCAAACCAACUGCCAGUGGCGGAUUGUUUGGAGGGCAACCACCACCACCACCACCACAACAACAACAACAACAAUCAAACCUCUUUUCCAACACGACUAAUAGCCAACAGCCUUCUUUUAGCUGGAGCCAGCCUCAGCAAUCACAACCUGCUGUUAACAAUGUUACUACGCUUGGCGGGUUUGGUCAAAAUACAAAUCAACCGCAGGCUACCAAUCCUGCAGCAUAUACCCCAGCAGUUAACGACCAGUUGGCCAAAGUAUAUGAACAAUGGGAUCCAAAUUCGUCAAAAUGUGCAUUGAAGACGCAUUUCUACAAUAAAUUCAGUGACCAAGAGAUGAAUGUGUUGAUGUCCCAACCACGACCAGCUAAUGAAACGCCCGAAGACUGGGAUAAAGCAAUGACUGAAAGACCAGGACCAAAUUACUUCCCGAUAAAGAUCACAUCGUACGAUGAGGUUGCUCAGAGGAUUGAGACGCAGUUGGAUUAUGCGGCAAGGGAAAAAAUUGUGCUAAACCAGAUUAAUGAAAGACUAAAUACUUUAUCAGCAAAGCACGACUUAGAAAAUACCACGAGGAUCCUCAAAGCAAAAGCAAGACAUACCCAGCUAUCUCGAAGAUUAUUACGCUUGGCCACUAUAUUGGCCAUGCUCAAGUUGAAAGGCUACCCUUUGUUACCGGAAGAGGAGGAAAUAGCAAAACAGUUUGAUAUCUUAACCAAUAAGUUGAAUGAUCCAAACAGUCCAAUUGGCAAAGUCGGUGAUAUAUCUGCCAAAUUGGCUAUACUUAAGGAAAGAGCAGAAGAAAUGAACACUCAAUUCGACAAGUCGAUACAUGUCCUAAAUGAAUCAUUUGAGAGUGGCGGAGCUUCCAAGGGAAGGGCCAAGGAGGACUUGAACAACCCCAACGAUGUUAUUGAAAAGAUUUCGCAGAUCCUAUUGAAACAACAAAUGGGAUUGAACUAUUUGAAUGAGGUGUUGAGGAAAGAUGAAGAGAAGGUUGAAAAGAUUGUAUCAAGUAGAAAGUAA